AGGACACAGACCUCUGCUCUCACAAAGAUUUCAGCAACAACCAUGGCAACCUUCGUGGAGCUCAGUACCAAAGCCAAGAUGCCCAUUGUGGGUCUGGGCACCUGGAAGUCUACGCCAAACCAAGUCAAGGAAGCUGUGAAGGCAGCCAUUGAUGCUGGGUAUCGCCAUAUUGACUGUGCGUAUGCAUAUUGCAACGAGAAUGAGGUGGGGGAAGCCAUCCAAGAGAAGAUCAAAGAGAAGGCUGUGAGGCGGGAGGACCUCUUCAUUGUCAGCAAGUUGUGGCCCACCUGCUUUGAGAAAAAACUGCUAAAGGAAGCCUUUCAGAAGACCCUCACGGAUCUCAAGCUGGACUACUUGGACCUCUAUCUUAUCCACUGGCCUCAGGGAUUUCAGGCAGGGAAGGAGUUAUUCCCCAAAGAUGAACAAGGCAACGUCCUCCCCAGUAAAACAACAUUCCUGGAAGCCUGGGAGGGCAUGGAGGAACUGGUGGACCAGGGGCUGGUGAAAGCUUUGGGCGUCUCCAACUUCAACCACUUCCAGAUCGAAAGGCUCCUGAACAAGCCUGGACUGAAACAUAAGCCAGUGACCAACCAGGUCGAGUGCCACCCUUACCUCACCCAGGAAAAACUGAUCCAGUACUGUCACUCCAAGGGCAUCGUGGUCACAGCCUACAGUCCCCUGGGCUCCCCAGACAGGCCUAGGGCCAAGCCAGAUGACCCUUCACUAUUACAGGACCCCAAGAUUAAAGAGAUUGCCGCCAAGCACAAGAAAACCACAGCCCAGGUUCUUAUUCGGUUCCACAUCCAGAGGAACGUGGUAGUGAUCCCCAAGUCUGUGACGCCAGCACGUAUACAGGAGAACAUUCAGGUCUUUGACUUCCAGUUGAGCGACCAGGAGAUGGCCACUAUCCUGAGCUUCAACAGAAACUGGAGGGCCUGCCUGCUGCCUGAGACAGUCAACAUGGAAGAGUUUCCCUAUGACGCAGAGUACUGA